AAACGCAGACUCAGUUGUGUUUGAACUUAAUCGUAACAACUUCAGCUCAGCCUGUUCAAGCGAAUCAACUGUGUUAUUCCGAUGUAGCCUUUAAAAAAAUUGUUAAUGAGUUUCGAAUCUGGCGUUAUUAAUUUAGUAGACAAGUAAUUUGUUGUAGUAAGUGACAGUAAAGAGUGAGGUUUUAUUACCGUCUGGGUAUUUGUGAAGUGUGGAUGUCAUUAUCAUAUUGGUUUUUGCGGAAUAUUGUUGAACAUUUCGAACCAAAGAUAGAAAAUUAUUAAUGGUGGAUCCCGUAAAUAUUCCUUCGCGUAAUUGUUUAAAGAAAUCCGUUUCUUAAUCGUUAGCAAUAACGGAACUAAAGUAAAUUCAGUGAAACAAGUGCAUCAUUAUAGUUACCGAAUGAAUUAACGCUGAUGGAAAACUGUUGCAGUGUUUGUUUUGCACUAGUGCAUUUUUUGGAUAUACUUUGGUGUAAACUCUAAUAUUUUGUAAUGUCGGGAAAUAAUCUUGUGAACGAGAAGCAGCAUAAGUCGCCCAGGGAAAGUGGCGAAGAUUCUGAAGAUGAGAGCGAAAUUUUAGAAGAGAGUCCUUGUGGAAGAUGGCUUAAGCGACGUGAAGAGGUUGAACAACGGGAUGUACCAGGCAUUGAUUGUGCAUAUUUAGCGAUGGACACCGAAGAAGGAGUUGAGGUCGUUUGGAACGAGGUUCAGUUCUCGGAAAGAAAAAAUUUCAAGAGCCAGGAGGAGAAAAUUCAACUCGUAUUUGAAAAUCUCACACAACUCGAACAUCCCAAUAUCGUUAAAUUUCAUCGAUAUUGGACCGAUACACACAACGAUAAACCUAGGGUAAUAUUUAUUACGGAAUACAUGUCGUCCGGAUCUCUGAAGCAGUUUUUGAAGCGUACGAAACGUAACGUGAAAAGGUUACCGUUACAGGCCUGGAGAAGAUGGUGCAAACAAAUUCUCUCAGCUUUAAGGUAAAGCUCAAUGUGGUCCUUUUUAUCAUUUGCCGAUAAUUUGCGAAUUGUCAUUUGAUAAUUCAGUUUGUUUCGAUCGACUAUUGAAAAACAAACGUGAUCGAAUUGAAAACAAGUGACAAGAAGCAAUUAUCAGGUUUAUUUUUGUUAACUGCAUUUUUGUUAUAUAUCGCAUUAUUUAAAACGUAACAGUUUUUUUAUAACUUUUGAAUUAUAGGCUUGAACGCACGAAA